AUGGAGGACGCGGGAGCAGCUGGCCCCGAGCCGGAGCCAGAGCCUGCGUGUGAACCCGAGCCGGAGUCCGAGUCCGAGCUGGGCACUGGCAUGUCCGGGGCGUUCUCCCAACUCUGGACGGAUGUGAUGGGAAUUCUGGACGGCUCUCUGGGGAACAUCGAUGACUUGGCCCAGCAGUAUGCAGAUUAUUACAAUACCUAUUUCUCUGAUGUGUACGAGCGGAUGGAGGAGCUGCGCAAGCGGCGAGUUUCCCAGGAUCUGGAUGCGGAGAAACCCGAUGCCUGUCCCACGUCACUUCAGCUGCGGUCCCAGAUUGAAGAGUCUCUUGGUUUCUGCAGCGCCGUGUCAACACCAGAAGUGGAAAGAAAGAAUCCUCUUCAUAAAUCAAACUCAGAAGACAGCUCUGUAGGAAAAGGAGAUUGGAAGAAGAAAAAUAAGUAUUUCUGGCAGAACUUCCGAAAGAAUCAGAAAGGAAUAAUGAGACAGACUUCAAAAGGAGAAGAUGUUGGGUACAUCGCCAGUGAAAUAACAAUGAGUGACGAGGAGCGGAUCCAGCUCAUGAUGAUGGUCAAAGAGAAAAUGAUCACCAUCGAGGAGGCACUUGCCAGGCUCAAGGAGUACGAGGCCCAGCACCGACAUUCAGUUGCAUUGGAUCCUGCCGACUGGCCAGAUGGUUCAUACCCCUCAUUUGAUGGCUCAUCAAACUGCAAUUCAAGAGAACAAUCGGAUGAUGAAACCGAGGAGUCGGUGAAGUUUAAGAGGCUGCACAAGCUGGUAAACUCUACUCGCAGAGUCAGAAAGAAACUCAUUAGGGUGGAAGAGAUGAAAAAGCCCAGCACUGAAGGUGGGGAAGAACACGCCUUUGAGAAUCCCCCAGUCCUGGAUGAAAGAUCUGCUCUAUACUCGGGAGUCCACAAGAAGCCAUUUUUCUUUGAUAGCUCUCCUGAGAAACCUCCUGAAGAUGAUUCUGACUCCCUCACCACCUCUCCCUCAUCCAGCAGCCUGGAUACCUGGGGAGCUGGCCGGAAGCUAGUCAAAACCUUCAGCAAAGGAGAUGGCCGGGGCCUGAUUAAGCCCCCUAAGAAGAUGGGGACAUUCUUCUCCUAUCCAGAAGAAGAAAAAGCCCAGAAAGUAUCUCGUUCCCUCACGGAUGGGGAGAUGAAGAAGGGUCUGGGGUCUCUGAGCCACGGGAGAACCUGCAGCUUUGGCGGAUUUGACCUGACAAACCGUUCUCUUCACAUCAGCAGUAAUCACUCUGACCCCAUGAGUAAAGAAGGAGAUUUUGUAUACAAAGAAGUGAUCAAAUCACCUACUGCAUCCCGAAUUUCUCUUGGAAAAAAGGUGAAGUCAGUGAAAGAGACAAUGAGGAAGAGAAUGUCUAAAAAGUAUAGCAGCUCUGUCUCCGAGCAGGACUCUGGCCUUGAUGGGAUGCCUGGCUCCCCGCCGUCUUCGCAGCCCGACUCUGAGCACAUGGACAAACCCAAGCUCAAGGCUGGAGGCUCCGUGGAAAGCCUGCGGAGCUCCCUCAGCGGACAGAGUUCAAUGAGUGGCCAAACAGUAAGUACUACCGACUCCUCCACCAGCAACAGGGAAAGUGUGAAGUCGGAGGAUGGUGACGACGAGGAGCCACCCUACCGGGGUCCCUUCUGUGGACGUGCCAGAGUGCAUACUGACUUCACCCCCAGCCCCUAUGACACAGACUCGCUCAAGCUCAAGAAAGGAGAUAUCAUCGAUAUAAUCAGCAAACCACCCAUGGGUACUUGGAUGGGCCUGCUGAACAACAAAGUGGGCACAUUCAAGUUCAUCUACGUGGAUGUGCUAAAUGAAGAAGAAGAGAAGCCCAAGCGCCCCACCAGGAGGAGGAGAAAAGGAAGACCACCCCAGCCCAAGUCUGUGGAAGAUCUCCUCGAUCGGAUUAACUUGAAAGAACACAUGCCGACGUUUCUGUUCAAUGGAUAUGAAGAUCUGGACACCUUUAAGCUUCUGGAGGAGGAAGACUUGGAUGAGUUGAAUAUCAGGGAUCCGGAGCACAGAGCUGUUCUGUUGACAGCUGUGGAGCUGUUACAGGAAUAUGACAGUAACAGCGAUCAGUCAGGAUCGCAGGAGAAGCUGCUUGUUGACGGCCAGGGCCUGAGCGGAUGCUCCCCCCGGGACUCGGGAUGCUACGAGAGCAGCGAGAACUUGGAACACGGCAAGACUCGGAAAACUGGACUCCUACCUGCCAAGUCGUCAACGGAGCCCAACUUGAAGUCUUUCAAUAGGAACCAGCCAGGCAGCUACCCGACACUGCCUUUAACGAAAUCAGUGGACACACUGAAGCAGGGAGAGGGAAGCCGGCUGGGCAGCGGGCUCACCCCUCACCCUUCCGCCAGCUGUGACCAGCCCGGCACACCUGGCUUGACUGAAAACCGAAGAAGCCUCCCCAUUUCCAUCUGCCGGAGCUGCGAGACCCUCGAGGGUCCCCAGCCUGUGGAAACCUGGCCCCGAUCCCAUUCCCUGGAUGACCUUCCUGGAGGGCCUGAUGCUGACAAAGAUGUGCCUAGUGUGGUAACAGUGCCGUCCACUCAGACUGUACCAGAAGUGCCCCAGAAGCCAAGCGCCUCCACCCCUGGGGCUCAAACUCACCAACGAGACUCUGCUGUCGACAGUGUGUUGCUACUGCCCCAAAGCAAGAGACUUUCGGAACCUCAGAAAAUUGCGAUGAAGAAGGUGGAGGGCUCAGUAGCCGUCUCUUCAUGGAACAGGUCACUCCCUCAGUGUUUGCCCCAAAACUCUGGCACUCAACCCCCAGGAGCUAAACCUGGUUUAAUGAGGACACCUCUUGAGGGUCAGAGAAAAGGACACGAUUUUGAAGGAACAAAUCCUCCCCCAGGCACCAAAGAAGGGGUAGAUGCUGAGCAGAGAGUGCCCGAGGCCAGAACACAGCCAAAAAAUCCUUCCCAGCCUCCCCCUGUUCCUGCCAAAAAGAGCAGAGAACGUCUGGCUAAUGGACUUCACUUCAUUCCUGGUGGCCUUGGGGGGACGCUCCCCAGCCCUGAGGCACCGUGUCUACCAGUUAAAAAGAGCAGCCCCACCAGCCCCACUGACUGCCACGCCACACAGGCUCCUAGACCUCCCUCAGGAGAGGAACCUGGCAGCCCCCCAAGCCUGAGACCGCCCCCCUGGCUCUCGGAGCUCCCAGAGAGCACGAGCCUCCAGGAGCAUGGCGUGAGGCUGGGCUUGACAUUGACCAGGAAGGUGUCCUGUGCCCGAGUUGUCGACCUGGAAAUGCUGACUGAAGACAAGCUGCAAGCAGAAGGCAUCGACCUCACCGAGGAGCCGUACUCUGAUAAGCAUGGCCGCUGUGGCAUUCCAGAAGCCCUGAUACAGAGGUAUGCAGAGGACUUGGGUCAGUCCGAGAGGGACAUCGCCACCAACAUGGACCAGAUCCGCGUGAAACUACUCCGGAAGCAGCACCGUAUGGCGAUCCCAAGUGGUGGCCUCACGGAGAUCUGCCGGAAGCCUCUCUCUCCUGGAUGUGUGGCGUCUGUUUCUGAUUGGCUGAUCUCCAUCGGUCUGCCCAUGUACACCCGCGCGCUCACAGAAGCGGGGCUCAGCACGUUGAGUCAAGUCCCGGCUCUGUCCCACACUUGCCUGCAAGAAGCCGGCAUCACAGAGGAGAGGCACAUAAGCAAGCUUGUGUCAGCCGCCAGACUUUUCAAACUACCCCCAGGCCCUGAGGCCAUGUAG